UGUUUGCAGUGUUGCCUUGUAGUAGUUGCCCGGCAAGCCUGAAAGAAGAAAUUCGAAUCUGCACGUUUUCCAUGCGAGAAUCACAAGCGACAGCAUCAUCCUCCAUCUUCAUUUCCGCUGUCUUUUUAAUUUUUCUGUCGUGUAGAUAGGAGGCCAAGCUGCCAGUCCAGAUUCAUUGGUCGUUAGAAAGAAUAUCAAAAGAGAAAACCUCAUCUGAAAAUGACUACUGAUCACGACCAAGUUGGCGACUGCCCCGAUGACUUGGAAUCCGUCGAGUAUGAGGAAGACAUCACCGAAGAGGGCUCUAAAAUAGCCAACUCUCUGCCCAAUAACGUCAUUGAUGCGUUAAAAUCACACCAAGACGCCGAACCAAAAGCUCCAUUGCCACCUGCUGUUAAACGGCGAGUCAACGCUCUAAAGAAACUUCAAUUAGAAACCACCAAUAUUGAAGCGCUUUUCUUCAAAGAAGUUCAUGAUCUUGAAUGCAAAUACCAUCGGUUAUAUGUUCCUUUAUACGAGAAGAGAAACACCAUCGUUAAUGGCGAGUAUGAACCAGCUGAUAAUGAGUGUGAGUGGCACUCUGAUGAUGAGGAUGAGGGUCUGUCUACCUCCUUGAAGGAAAAGGCCAAGUUGGAGGAAGUGAAUGGCACAGAAGAAGAGAAGUCUGAAGCUUUAAAUUGGAAUUCUACUUUACUCCCAAUGAAUUCUUCACCGACACCGUAUUAACUAAGGAAUACUUCAUGAAGUGUGUUCCCGAAGAAGACGACCCAUUUAGUUUCGAAGGGCCUGAAAUUUUCAAGUGCAUUGGAUGUACUAUUAAUUGGAACAAAGGUAAAAAUCCAACUAUUAAGACCAUCAAGAAGAAGCAAAAGCAUAAGAGCCGCGGCGUUCUUCGCGUUGUGACUAAAACCGUUCAGAACGAUUCGUUCUUCAACUUCUUCAGUCCCCCAACUAUUCCUGAGGGCACUAAGGACGAAGACGUUGAUGAAGAUCUGCGGAAUUUGUUGACUAGUGACUUUGAGAUUGGUCAUUACAUCAGGGAACGUGUUAUUCCAAGAGCAGUUUUGUACUUCACUGGAGAAGCUAUUGAAGAUGAAGAUUAUGAAGAAGAGGAGGAGGACGAAGAAGAUGAAGAAGAAGACGAUUCUGAUACCAAUGCUGAUGGAAAACCCCACGAAUGCAAGCAACAAUGAAAUAAGAUUUCUUCUCGGCCAAGAGUCAGUAUCUUUUAAUCUUACUUCGGCUGGAUCCAUGGUAUUUAAUCUAUUAGUAAUUUUUGCAAAUAUAAAUCCGUCAUUUAGUCCAAAUUUCACGCAGUCAAAUAAUUCAGGUGAUUUACUACUACCCCAACUACGUUACUCUCUUGGUCAACUAAGCUAAAUUAUUUGUUAAGUGAAUAUUUUUUUACUAGCUUUAAGCCGCUGGUUUAAUGUUCUUUUACUUUCUUAUUUGUUUCAAAAGUAAAAUCGUUUGUACUGUAUUAAUGAAUGUUUCAAAACAUAGUAAAAUGAGAUGAGAUUACUGUUCUGAAAAUUAAAGUACGCAUUUUUA